UAGUCAGUCUGUUCACCUGACGAAUGCGAAUUAGUAACUGCACAAGACGUACCUUGACACCGACAGUUUACUGUGCGGCUACGAGGUCAACACCUUGGAACUUCAUACCUCUCAGAGCUCUCCUGGUAUAAAUACUUGACACUUCCUUCCACUCGAGGUCAGUAUCUUAAACUUCCUUGGUUGUCUCCGCCCCUCUUCUCGGAAAAGUUGGCUGCUCCUGUCCUGAAGCAAGCUCGUCCCUUGUUUGGUCACAAUAGCGUCGUCUCUGUAUACCAGACUUAUGGAGGGCGGAAGCGCUGCUACACAGCAGGAGAGGACCUCCAGCGUCGACUGGAGAAACCAACAGCAGAACAAGUGCUUCCCCAUCGAGUGCUUGCCCGAAGAUGGAGCCUUCAAUGCACCUCUCACUGGACUUCCUCCUGUUCCCUCCCUCAUUAAGAAGCUGCUGUCCGAGUUCCUGGGAACUUUUAUCCUGAUCUUCGCAGCGGCCGGAACUGCGAUCAUGAACGAGAAAUCCCACGGAGCUCUUGGAGUCCACGGCCUGGCUGGAGGAGCGGGUAUCACGGUCAUGGUCGUCAUCUUUGCAACCGGGCACAUCUCCGGAGCUCACAUCAAUCCUGCUGUAACUGUCGCAUUUGCUACCUAUCGCCAUUUUCCAUGGUUCCAGGUCCCGCUUUAUAUAAUCACUCAAGUGGUGGCCACCAUCUGUGCUGCCUUCGUUCUCAAAGGCGUCUAUCACCCGGAUCUCAGUGGCGGCUGCACGGUUCCAGUCGGUCCGAUAUGGCAGAACUUUCUGUUUGAGACUAUCCUGACUGCCAUGAUGAUGUUCGUGGUCACAGCAGUUGCUACCGAUUCCAGAGCUGUUGGAGAGUUGGCUGGUAUUGCUGUCGGAGCAACAGUUUAUCUGAACAAUCUCAUUGCAGCGCUGAUUUCCGGAGCGUCCAUGAACCCGGUUCGUAGCUUGGGUCCCGCCAUCGCUGCGAACAACUUUCAUGGCUUUUGGAUUUAUAUUGUUGGUCCUUUCCUCGGCGCUCAGAUUGGUGCUGCCGCCUACACUCUGAUCCGUUUCAAGGACCUGGAACCACAGCAGCUCCAGCAGCGCCGAAGCUUCAAGAAGUGAGAACAGAAGCAGCUUCAAAUGUACAAAGCUAUUUGUGUGCUGUUUGUGCUCAAUAACUUCGGAUGAAAUAAGCGAGGAAAACAAGAAAGCAAACAAGAAAGCAAUCACGAAUCAUGUGGAUUGAUGUGUGUGGUAUGUACGUACUACAGAAGACAUUUUUAAGUGUGCAUAAUUCAAAUCCUAAAGAAAAGAAAAAACCGAGGGAGAGUCAAAAGCGUUAUACAGUUGUUGACACGAUUUAAUAUAAGUCUGCAAACAGCAAUGUGGAGGCUUCCAACGGAAUUGGUAAAGGACCAAAAAAGCAUGGGAUGGAUAAUCAAAGAGAAGGCACCAAGCAUGACGCAGAGACAAACAAAACGUCUUUUUGAGGCUAGCCGGGGAAAA